AUGCCAUUUUUGCCCGAGACUCCAAGGUGGCUUUAUAGCCAGGGCAAAGAAGCUGAGGCAAUUCAAGUCCUUGCGAGAUUAAUGUCUUGUAGAGAAGACGAUCCAAGAGUGCGAAUGAUCAAGGGUGAAAUGAAGGCAGCCCUGGAAAUCGAAACGAUAGAAGAGCCUUUCCGGUGGCAGAACAUUUUCUACGACCGUACAGAUUUAAAGAACUACCGGCGGCUCGUUCUCUGUUUCUUGAUUCAAAUGAUGCAACAAUUCACUGGCAUUAAUGUCAUUGCAUUCUAUGUGACAAUCGUUCUCGAGGUUAAUGUUGGCUUUGAUCGUGAAACAGCCAGUCUUGUUGCCGGUUUUAUCCAGAUCGCUUUCUGGGCUGGUACAUUCCCUCCUAUGUGGUUGAUUGAUAGAUAUGGGCGACGACCUAUGUUACUCUGUGGUUCAAUCGCUCUUACCACGACAAUGGUAGUCUUUACCAUAAGCAUUGCUCUAGACACUCCAGCCACUAGCAAGCUUGCACUUGCCAUGCUCCUAUGCUAUGAAAUCUCGUUUGGGAUGAGUUGGAACUCGAUUCCAUGGUUGCUUGCGCCCGAAAUCACACCACUGCAUUUGCGGCAUAUUGGUAGUGCUAUUGGACCUUUCUCGGAGUGGAUGUGGACAUUUGUCAUAGUGCUGAUUACACCCACUGCGAUCCGCAACGCGGGGUGGAAGUUCUACAUUCUCUUUUGUAUUAUGAACAUGCUUUGCAUCCCAUUUAUCUGGAUCUGUCUACCUGAGACAAAUGGCAAGACUUUAGAGGAGAUAGACUACGUAUUCGCAAAUGCUGAAGCUAAGGAGCGGAUCAAAUCACGUUUCGAUGACGUUGUCGCAAAUGCAAAUAAGGGUGGUAGUAGGAGAAGUUCAGAUUCUAACAAGAUGACUACACUUGAGGUCGAGAAGAUAGUUUGA